AAAAAAGAUAUCGUUCCCAACCUUUCUUUUUCACGCCCUCUAUACCUACCCCGCUACAUCAGAACAUAUAUUCGUAAUCACGUUCAUAUUCGCAAGGAGACAAGCAUACAAGGAAUGGCUGUCCGCACACAAUUCGAGAACAACAACGAGAUCGGCGUCUUUGCCAUGCUCACCAACAGUUACUGCCUUGUCGCCCUCGGUGGUUCAGAAAAUUUUUAUAGUGUAUUCGAGCAAGAACUAAAGGACAUCAUCCCAAUAGUCCACACCUCCAUUGCCUCAACCCGGAUCAUCGGCCGCCUCUGCGUCGGGAACCGCCACGGCCUCCUCGUGCCCUCGACCACCACGGACCAAGAACUCCUCCACCUCCGAAACUCCCUCCCCGCGACCGUCCGCAUCCAACGCGUCGAGGAACGUCUGUCCGCGCUCGGGAAUGUUAUCGCCUGCAAUGAUUAUCUGGCCCUCGUCCAUCCAGACCUCGAUCGCGAGACCGAGGAAAUCGUUGCCGAUGUCUUGAACGUCGAGGUCUUCCGACAGACCAUCGCUCAGAAUUCGCUGGUGGGUUCCUACUGUAGGCUGACGAACCAGGGCGGACUGGUUCAUCCGCGCACAUCUAUUCAGGAUCAGGAUGAGCUGUCUUCCUUGCUUCAAGUACCACUUGUCGCUGGCACCGUAAAUCGCGGUUCAGACGUGAUCGGCGCAGGCCUGCUCGUCAACGAUUGGUGUGCCUUCGCAGGCCGCGACACCACCUCCACAGAACUCUCCCUUAUCGAAAACGUCUUUAAGCUGCAAGAUCAGGGUCCCACUGCCGUAAUCGAGGAUAUGCGUGAUUCUUUGGUCGAUUCCAUGCUCUAAAACUCCCAUCCUCCUCCUCUUCCUUCUCCUACCUGUACUUGCAUUAUUUCUCCUUCAUCC